CCGCGUGUUCGAGCAAGUUUGAUCAGUUUUGCGGAUUGACCCGCAAUUUCCUCCACACACACAAAAAAAAGGGAUAACGAGAAGGGAGGCAGGGAGGAAGGAGGGUGGCCGUUUAUCUGAAGAGGCGUCUCUGUGUGUGUUUUCUUAAUUCGGGGUUUGCGCGCACGUGUGAGGCCGUCAGUACUUGUCCGGGUUGUCAUGGUGAAGAGGAGGCAGAGUGGAUGUUAAUGGGCUGCAGAGGUUAAAAGGGCUGCGGACCCGCGGCGCCUCGUCCUGGUCCUUCAUGCCGCAGAGCUGCGCCCGCGCUCCGCUCCGCACUCGCCCAGCAGACCGGCCGGGCUCAACGCAAGACCUCUUCGAAGAAGUGUCGUGCUCUUCUUCCUCCUGCUUGUCUCCCGUUGCUGCUUCACCACAUGCAAUGACCGAGAAAGCCGUCUGCACCAGCUGUGGGACUGAAAUAGUGGACAAAUACCUGCUCAAGGUAAACGACAUGUGCUGGCACGUGAAGUGUCUGUCAUGCAGCGUGUGUCAGACCUCACUGGGCAGACACAUCAGCUGCUACAUUAAAGAGAAGGAGAUUUUCUGCAAGCUCGACUACUUCAGGAAAUAUGGAACUCGUUGCGCUCACUGCGGCAGGAAUAUCCAUUCGAACGACUGGGUCCGUAGAGCCAAAGGAAAUACCUACCACCUGGCUUGUUUCGCCUGCUUCUCCUGCAAGCGGCAGCUUUCCACUGGAGAAGAGUUUGCCCUGGUGGACGAGCGGGUGCUGUGCCGCGUCCACUACGACUGCAUGCUGGACAACCUCAAACGGGCCAUGGAGAAUGGGAAAGGAGUGAAUGUAGAAGGAGCCGUGCCGUCAGAACAGGAGGUAAACCAGCCCAAGCCAGCCAAAAGAGCACGAACAAGCUUCACUGCUGACCAGCUACAGGUAAUGCAGGCUCAGUUUGCUCAGGACAACAAUCCGGAUGCUCAGACGCUGCAGAAACUGGCCGAGAGGACCGGCCUCAGCCGCCGGGUUAUUCAGGUUUGGUUCCAGAACUGCCGGGCCCGUCAUAAGAAACAUGUGAGUCCCAACCACUCGUCCACUGCUCCGGUCUCAUCUCUGCAGCCUAGCAGGCUCUCUCCUCCUCUGAUGGAGGAGCUGCAGUACACAGCAUUCGCCCCAGUGGACACUCCAAUGCUCACUACUCUGCACUCUUACAUGGAUGUUCAUUCUCCAACAUCGCUGGUGUUCCAGCCUCUCCUGCCCCAUUCAAUGACACAGUUGCCGAUCAGCCAUGCCUGAGACACAGACCCCACCCACUGCAGCCGCUCUACCAAUCAGGUUAGAGUGCAGAGGAAAGCGUGAGGAAGUUUUCAUCUGCUAUUGACUGAGUCUUGCACCAAGACCCAUAAUAUUCUGUCUUUUCAUGGGCACUUACUGAAGGAUGUCGAUCUCGCAAUGGUCCAAGAAAAAGAUUUUGAUGUAAUUGUGAAAAGGCUGAAGUUUUUUUUUUUGUUUAAUAUAUAUAAUAUCUAUAUAAUAGUUGAAUACAUCACAUUUAAUUUAUUUGUUGUAUGUGACUGAGCACUUUGUUUUAAAAUACAUUUAUGAUGGAAGAUUUUUUUUUUUCCUGGGUUUUGUCAGUGCACAGCUCCAUUUUUGUUUUGUGGAUGGAUCUCGACACUUGGAAGCUGAAGAAAAGCCAAUAAAAACAUAAUUGCUGAUGCCUA